AUGCUGUGGCUGCUGUUCCUGACCCUCCUAGGCCUGGGGGGCUCCGUGCCUUUGUUCCCAUGUGACUCGGGGAGGGAGCAGGGUGGCAUUGUGGGGGCUCACAGUGCUCCCGCUGGACGAUGGCCUUGGCAGGUCAGCCUCCGACGGUACAAUGAGGAGCUUGAGCUAUGGCAGCACAUAUGCGGGGGCUCCCUCAUCCACCAGCGGUGGGUGUUGACUGCUGCCCACUGCGCUCAGUGGGAGGACUUGGAGGCUUAUGGCUUCAGGGUCCAAGUUGGGCAGCUGAGACUCUAUGACCAUGACAAACUGACAAAUGUGACUCAGAUCAUCCGCCACCCAAAGUUCAACCAGGGCCUGUCUGCCAAGGGGGGCGCGGACAUUGCCCUGCUGAAACUGGAGGCCCCGGUGACCCUCUCUGAGCUCAUCAACGUGGUCACCCUCCCACCUGCCUCUCUAGAGGUUCCUGAGAAGAAGAUGUGCUGGGUGACCGGCUGGGGAUACAUCAGCCUCGGAGCACCGCUGCCCCCACCCUCCCAGCUGCAGGAGGUGGCAGUCCCCAUUGUGGGGAGUGAGGUCUGUGACCAGCGCUACCAGAACUCUUCAAACAACAUUGGCCAGAUCAUCAAGGAUGACAUGAUGUGUGCUGGGAGUGAGGGCCAGGACUCCUGCCAGGGUUUCUCUGGGGGCCCCCUGGUGUGCAGCUGGAAGUGCAUGUGGAUCCAGGUAGGGAUUGUGAGCUGGGGAGAUGUCUGUGGUCAUCGCAACUUCCCUGGAGUGUACGUCCGAGUGAUGAGCUACAUUUCCUGGAUCCGGCAAUAUGUCCCUUUGUUCCCUGGACCUUAG